GUCCAUUUUUUCCUUCAUAUCCCAACCACCGAAUCUUCUACUUUGAAAAAACAAUCCCAAUACUUGAUGGAAUAAUCAUUAUCAUUUAUGACUCUUGUGGGUCGCUACCGACCCCAUGCGUUACAUGCUCUCUCAGUGAAUGGCCCAGUUUGUCCUCGUGCAACAGCACAUCCUAAAGUGCCAGCAACAUUAUAUGUUUUAAGACAAAAGUUUGUUACUAGCUAAGCUUGUUUGAAGGGAAACCAGAAGGGGGGAAAAAAAUAAAUGGAGCCAAUUGUGCUCCUCCUCUUCCUUCUCCUCCUCCUCUUAUCCUUCUCCACUGCCAGAGACACCAUAACCCCGAGCAAUCCCCUCGCCGACAACGAAACCCUAGUCUCGGCCACCGGAACCUUCGCUUUGGGCUUCUUCAAUCCGCCAAAUUCAGACAACCGAUAUAUCGGUCUAUGGUACAACCAGAUAUCCGACCACACCAUACUCUGGGUCGCCAACCGUGCAAGCCCCCUCGUCAACUCGACCGGAGUCUUGUCAGUAACCAAGGACGGCAGGCUCACAAUCACGAGUCAGAACUCGACAGUCGUCUGGACCAGUCCAAACUCGACGGUGGAGUUAACCAGUCCGAUAGCGCAGCUUCUUGAGAAUGGAAAUCUCGUUGUAAUGCAGGACGGAGACACCAGUGGCAAUUACGGAUGGCAAGGGUUCAACUACUUGACCGACACAUUGAUCCCCGGUAUGAAACUGGGCGUCGACCUGACCACUGGGAUCAAUCGCACACUUGUAGCAUGGGCUAGCGAAAAUGAUCCCUCGCCGGGACCUUACCAUGGUUUCAUGGACAUCAGAGGCGAUCCUGAUAUCUAUUUCUGUCGAGAUUCCACCCCAAUUUGGCGAAGCGGCGCUUGGGAUGGUACACACUUAAGUGGGAUACCGGAUAUGAGCACUUACAGAGGCUUUCAGUUCAAUUUCGUGAAUAACGCUUCAGAAGUUGUGUACUUUUACAGUGUUAUUAAUCGGUCAUAUAUAUCAAGGCUGCUAGUUAACUCAACAGGUUUUGCUCAGCGCGCGCUGUGGUUACCGGACGCUAAUCAAUGGAACUUUUUCUGGAAUGCGCCGAAGGAUUUGUGCGAUGAUAUAGGGCAAUGCGGUCCUUACGGGCUAUGUGAUGCGAAUGAUUCGCCAUUAUGCAGUUGUUUACAGGGUUUUGAUCCCAAGAAUCCUUCAAAUUGGAAUUUGAGGGACGGGCAUGAUGGGUGCAAGAGAAGGACGCCGUUGGAUUGCAAGAACGGGACGGACGGAUUUGUAACGGUGAGCAAUGUGAAGCUGCCACAAUCCGAUAACUGUACUGUGGACAUGAAUUUGAAUUUGGAUCAGUGUAGGCGCUUGUGUUUGGGGAAUUGCUCGUGUACGGCGUAUGCGAGCGCCAACGUGAGCGGGGGAGGGAGCGGGUGCAUUAUUUGGAUCGGUAAUCUGUUUGAUAUAAGGAACUUUGUUGGGUCAGGACAGGAUUUGUAUGUACGGCUGGCUGCUGCUGAUCUUGAUGUGUCAUCUGGCAAAACUCAGAGCACAAUAGUUGCGGUCGCGGUGAGCCUUGUUGCUGCAGCAUUGCUACUAACUUGUGUUGGUUGUUUCCUUUGGAGAAGGAAGAAAAAACGAAGAGUUCUAUUAGGUGCAAUGACUUCCUUCAAUGAAAAGUCAAAUCAUGAACCAGGAGAUCUGGAUCUUCCUAUAUUUGAUUUUGCUACCAUUGCUGCUUCUAUAGACUACUUCUCAGAUGAAAAUAAACUUGGAGAGGGUGGUUUUGGACCAGUGUACAAGGGAACACUUGAAGACAAUCAGGAGAUAGCUGUUAAAAGACUUGCCAAGACAUCAAUACAAGGCCUUGAAGAGUUCAAAAACGAGAUCGUUCUUAUUGCCAAACUUCAGCACAGAAACCUUGUCAGGCUUCUUGGUUGCUGUAUUCAGGGAGAGGAAAGGAUGCUGAUAUACGAAUACAUGCCUAACAGAAGCUUGGAUGCCUUCCUGUUUGAGAAAGAAAGAGCAGCAUUAUUAGAUUGGAAAAUGCGACAUCAGAUCAUUGUGGGGAUUGCUCGUGGACUUCUCUACCUUCACCAAGAUUCAAGAUUUCGGAUCAUUCAUAGAGAUCUCAAAGCUAGCAAUAUUCUUCUGGAUGAAGACAUGAACCCAAAGAUUUCAGACUUUGGCAUGGCCAGAAUCUUUGGUGGUGAUGAGACAGAUUUUAAUACCAGAAAAGUUGUCGGGACGUAUGGAUAUAUGUCUCCUGAGUAUGCAAUGGACGGGAUCUUUUCAGUGAAGUCCGAUGUAUUCAGCUUUGGCGUUCUAGUACUCGAAAUCAUAAGUGGUAAAAAGAACAGAGGAGUGUAUGCCAUACCCCCUCAUAUAAACCUUGUUGCACAUGCAUGGAGUUUAUGGAAAGAGGGUAAGAGCUUGCAACUAGUAGACGAGUCAAUGGGUUACUCAUUUCCAACGAACGAAGCCCUAAGAUGCAUAAAACUCGGGUUAUUAUGUGUCCAAGAACAUCCAGAAGAUAGGCCAUUGAUGUCAUCUGUGGUGCUAAUGCUUGGUAGUGAUCUUGCAUCAUUGCCGCAGCCUAAACAGCCGGGAUUUGCUGCAAGAAGAGGCCCUUUCGAAGUAGAUACAUCGUCAAGCAAUCAAGAUUCAUGUACUUUGAAUGAAAUAAGUGUUUCCAUGUUUCAACCUAGAUAGCUUAGAAGUAAGAUUCUAAGCUGUUACAAAUUUUUGUACCUACAAGUUUCAUUUUUUUUUCUUUUUUGAUUUUUUUCAGGAUACUUGUGGGAUAUUUGUUGAUAUUGUUGUUGUUCCUAAAAAGCACAGGAGAUAUCUAGUUUUGUGAA